AUGCGUCCACUUACACAGAAAGAAGCCCAAAUUUUCUUCGAAAAGCUUUCUAAGUUCAUUGGAGAUAAUGGCAAAGCCCUUAUCGAGCGUGAGGAUGGCACAUGGAUUUUUGCAAUUCAUAAUAAGCGCGUAUAUUACAUGAAAGAAGAACUCCUCAAUCUUUGUAAACCAUUUUCUUUCCCAUUAAUCCUUUCAGCAGGCAUAUGCAUGGGCAAAUUCACAAAAACAGGCAGAUUUUUCUUACAGAUUACAGCAUUACCAAUUAUCGCUCCUUACGCUCAGUAUAAAGUUUGGCUCAAACAGUCCGCAGAACUUGGUUUCUUGUAUGGCCAGCAUAUUCUUAACGAAGGUAUCGAAACAAUGACUGAAGGCACACCAAAGAACGUUGGUGUUGUCGUUUACAAUCAUAAUAACUUACCAAUUGGUCUUGGUGUUGCUUUACAGGAUUCUGUUCAACGCCGUUUGGCAUCACCAACAAUUAUGGUAGUAGCACGCCAAGCAGAUCUUGGUGAGUACCUUAGAUCCGAAUCUAAUAUUGCAUAA